GAAGCUGCUAGCAGAGCUAGCUUGUUGUUCUGGUGUGUGAGGAGAAUAUUUGAGGCUCUGCAGUAAAAAUGUCUUCACUUCAGUCUCUGGGAGAGUUGAUCAGCUAAAGCGACUAACUGCUGCUGCUGCAGAAAUCUUCUCACCAGGCUGUGGAAACUUUCUUCUCCUCCUCAACAACUUGGUGGAGUUCUUUCCAGAACCGGAGAAGAUAUUCUGCGGUCUUCGUGUCAAUCGGAGCUCCAGAAUCAGGUUGUGGAUUGAAGAGGUUCCCUCUACCAGACUCGCUCAUCUGAGUUGGUCAUGAUGCAGGAUCGCUGCUCGCUCUCUGGUCCAUCCUGCUCACACUCUCCGACGGAAAAGCCCCGAAUCUGAAUGUGACUCUGGAGGAAAAAGCGGUUAGCUCUACUCCGUGAACUCUGCUGUUAGCUAAACACGGCUAAAGAAAACCUGCUACCACUUCAGGAUCUGGGACUGAUUCAUCGUGUGUUCUUCACCACCUGGACCUGGACAGCAUGGACACAGUUCCUAUAAAAAGUGAAGAUGAAGAGAAGCCUCUGUUCUCACAACUUCAUCAGCAGCAAAUAGAAGACAGAGAUGUUCCAUCCAGCCGCUCAGCUGACCAGAUUAAAGCAGAAACUGGUGGAGGAGCAGAAACUAGCAGGAACCCAGAUCUGAACCCUCAAGAACAAACAUCUGAUUCUUCAGAGACUGAAGUUAGUGGAGAUGAUGAUGAUGAUGAUGAUGAUGAUGAUGAUGAUGAUGAUGUGAAUCUAGACUCUGAACUGCCAAACUCAGGGUCUGAAAUUGGAGACAAAAACAAUGACUGGAAUGAGAGCAGGUCUUUUCAGUCAGAAGUUAAGACAGUCAACAAAUCUUUUAGCUGCCCUGAGUGUGGUAAAUUAUUUCCCCAUAAGCGGUCUCUCCAGAAACAUGUGAGAGUGACAAGUCAUUCAGCAAUAUGCUCUUCAGGCUUUUUGAUUAAUAAUAAAAGUGUUAGAGUGAAGCAACAUCUAGACUCAGAUAGGAAAGUUCAGAAAGAUCUAAAAUCAUUUAGAUGUGACGACUGUGGAAAAAUAUUUAGUGUAAAAUCCCAAUUAAACAAACACUUGAGAGUCCACACAGGACAGAAAGCUUUUGCCUGUGAGAUCUGUGGACAAAGAUUUAGCCGUAAGUUAACUUUAAAUGAUCACAUGAGAGUCCACACAGGAGAGAAGCCAUUUCCAUGUGAGCUCUGUGGUCAAAGAUUUCGCCUGAAGUCAACUUUAAACAGUCACAUGAGAGUCCACACAGGACAGAAGCUUUUUGUUUGUGAGCUUUGUGGAAAAAGAUUUAGCCGUAAGUUAACUUUAAACACACACAUGAGAGUCCACACAGGACAGAAGCCUUUUCCCUGUGAGCUCUGUGGAAAAAGAUUUAGAUUGAAGGGAGAUUUAAACAAACACAUAAGAGUCCAUACAGGACAGAAGCUUUUUGUCUGUGAGCUUUGUGGAAAAAGAUUUAGCCGUAAGUCAACUUUAAAUGAUCACAUGAAAGUCCACACAGGAGAGAAGCCAUUUCCAUGUGAGCUCUGUGGUCAAAGAUUUCGCCUGAAGUCAACUUUAAACAGUCACAUGAGAGUCCACACAGGACAGAAGGUUUUUGUCUGUGAGCUUUGUGGAAAAAGAUUUAGCCGUAAGUCAACUUUAAAUGAUCACAUGAAAGUCCACACAGGAGAGAAGCCAUUUCCAUGUGAGCUCUGUGGUCAAAGAUUUAGCCUGAAGUCAACUUUAAACAGUCACAUGAGAGUCCACACAGGACAGAAGCCUUUUCCCUGUGAGCUCUGUGGAAAAAGAUUUAGCCAACAGACAAAUUUAAAUAAUCACAUGAGAGUCCACACAGGACAGAAGCCUUUUGUCUGUGAGCUCUGUGACCAAAUGUUUUCCCAAAAGACAAGUUUAACCAGACACAUGGGAGACCACACAAGGACACAAGGAACUAAUGUAAUAACACAAGUCCAAAAAUGAUUGUAGUUUGUACAUCCUAGUUCCAUGUGUUGCAGCCCUGGUUGUUGUCCUGGAUCAGAGUUUCUUCCAGCCCAUGAGCCACCUCUCCCUGUCCUGCAAGCCACAUUUUGUGGCCACUAAGCUGUAAUUAUUUCACUAAAUCUCUGUUUCCAUUGUGAUGCAGCACAAUGCAUCUCUAUUAAGGUAGCACGACUCAGGUUGCGAAUGACUACAGUCACCAAUUUUUAUCAUGUGUCUUGCCCAUGUAUGUCUGAUCUCUGAACUGCGUGUACUGAAACUCUUAAUUUCCCUCUGGGAUUAAUAAAG